UGGCCUUUCCCGGGAGCCAGUGCAGCGUCCCACCCCAGCCAUCACUCAGCGUCCUGCACCAUGCCCCGGGCGCCCCUCCUGCUGCUGUGCGUGGCCCUGGUGCUCGCAGGGCACAUGCGAGGAGCCGCACUGAGAAAGGAAGACACGUGGAAGCCACUCAGCAACCUGAGGAACCGCGAUCUGUUUUUCAGAAGCCUUCAGGCAUAUUUGGAGAGCAGAGGUCUUGAUCUUGGGAAAUUUCCGAAUGCUUUCUCCAUUAAUGAGAACCCAAGGCCGCUCUCUUUCCAGCCAGAGUUUCUUGCUUCUGCACUUGCAGACUACAAAGAACAGAAAAGCUCCUCCCCGGCAACUGCGAGGGCUGGCGGUCUCUUCUGAGCUCAGGUCUGGCUGUUGUAAAACUGCAGAAGUUUCUCAUUAGAAAAAUCCAACCAUGACUGUGGCUAAACCUCUGUGUUUUCCCUCUCCACAUUUGUCCGUGUGUAAUGAUUUUAUUCUGCAUUUUCAGAUUUACAUAUAAAAUGCUGGACCUUUGGAACAUAUGUGAUUUAUGUGUGUUUGUUUGAAGUGCUUUUCUUUUUU